GCAGCAGAACGGCUGGAAGGGAGCGCGCAUGUUCCCAGUCACUUCUCCGCGCUCCGCUCGAGCAGGAGGGGGGACAGAGGGGAGGACAGAGGGGGACAGAGCCGGGGGGACGGAGCGCCAGCAGCCGCCGAGCCUCUGCAGAGAGCGAGCGUGAGGAAACCCGCAGCGGCCGCACGCAGCCCGCAGCCCGCCGCCCGCCGCCGCGGCGCGGAGCUUCCUCCUCCAGGUGUGGAGGAGCAGGGAGGAGCAGCAGCAGCAGCGGCGGCGUCGAGGAGCGGCUCCGGACGGCGGGACUCAGACUCUCCCUGUCUGAGCUGCAGCAGCCGCGGAGGGUCGGGGGGGCCGCGGCCGACACUCGGAGACCCGAAGGAGGAGGGGGGUGGGACGCAGACGGAGCCUCGCGCGCCUCCUCCUCCUCCAUGGGGUAGGAGCGGGCUGCUGCUGCUCCACAGCCGCGUGCAGAAGAGCCUCGGAGGGUCCGCUCUCACCUGCGCACACCUGCCCCCCCGCACCGCCCCGGCCCGCCGGGGCCGGAUGAUGUAGGAGCCGCUGCGCCCUCCGCCUCCGCAUCCCGUCAGACCGCCGCCGCCGCCGCCGCCUCCUCCGCCGCCUCCGCCCAGCCUCGCGCCCCCUCCUCCCACCCAGCGGCCCACCAUGCCGGCGGGGAUGAAGCCGCUGGAGAAGUUCCUGAAGAAGCAGACCACCGCGCUCAGCCGGGCCGGGGGCUUCGGCGGGGUGACGGACAAGGCCGUGGGGGGGACCGGGGCGUCCCGCCGCCGCGCCAGCCUGUCCCGGGUGGUCCCGUUCUUCAGGGAGACGUCCCCGGAGAGCGGCCAGGCCCGGGAGGUGUUCAGCCCCGACAGUGAGGACCCGCCCCCGUGGCCGUCCGCCACCGGGCCCCCCCUGGUGACGGUGCCCAGCAGCGCCAACGGGUCCGGCUCCGGAUCGGGAUCCGGAUCCGGGUCGGGGUCGGGGUCCGGAUCGGGAGGGGGCGACGUCCGCAGCCCGUCUCUGUCCAGCGACGAGCAGAGCUCCGAGGCCAGCCUCAUCACUGACCCCCCCGCCGGAGGGGGAGGCGGGGCGGGGACGCCGCUCCACCCCGACACACCCGACAACCUGACGCUUGCCAUCCUUUACAGCGUGGCCGGGAAGCGCUUCACACACUGCACAGAAACUCUGCUGGACGACUUCAUGUUGACGCAUCCCAUCUUCCUGACGGCCGACAGGCUCCAACAAGUCCUGCUGCAGCAAUUCUCACUGGAAGGAGACCGGGUAGACCGGAGGGAUGGCGGAGGAGGAGGAGGGAGGGAUGGAGAGAUGGAGGGGGAGAGCGACGGAGCGAUGGAUGCCGCAGAGAGAAAACAAGCCGUCCUGAACGUGGCGUUUCGGUAUCUGGACACGUACAGAGAGCUGCUGCAGGAGGAAGGAGAGAGGAGCAACAACUUCCCCAAGGAGCUGUACCUGUGUGCAGUGCAGGAGCUGACCCGAUAUCCCGAACUGGUCGAAGACGUCCUCAAACUGCAGAGAUGGACCGAGAUCCUACACUGCCCCUCUGAUGAGGAGAAAGAGAGCAGGAAGAAGCAGGUCCGGCCUCUGUUCAGACACUUCAGACGCAUCGACGCCUGCCUGCAGCCCCGCGAGGCGUUCAGGGGCUCUGACGAAAUCUUCUGCAGGGUGUACACUCCGGACCACUCGUACGUCACCAUCAGGAGUCGCCUGUCCUGCCGGGUCGGGGAGAUUCUGGCUCUGGUCCGGGAGAAGCUGCAGUACAGCGAGGACCAGCCGGUUCUGCCGGGGAACCUCAUCCUGGUGGCCGUCACGUCCGCCGGAGAGAAAGCCGUGUUCCGGCCCAGCGACGAGGCCGUCUUCACCACGCUGGGAGUCAACACACACCUGUUCGCCUGCGAGCCGUCCGAGCUGGAAUCUCUGCUUCCCCUGCCGGAGGAGAUCCACUGGACGCCGGGCGACAGCAAACUCCACGACAUGUCGGCCGAGGAGGUCGCCAACCAGCUGGUGGUGUUCGACUGGGAACUCUUCAGCUGCGUGCACGAGGUGGAGUUCGUGUGCUACGUGUUUCACGGCGAGCAGUCCCGCUGGCGCCCCCUCAACCUGGAGCUGGUGCUGCAGCGCUGCAGCGAGGUGCAGCACUGGGUCGCCACGGAGAUCCUGCAGUGUCAGUCGCUGCCGAAGAGGAUCCAGCUGCUGCGCAAGUUCAUCAAGAUCGCCGCGCUCUGCAAGCAGCAGCAGGACCUGCUCUCCUUCCUCGCCGUGGUCCUGGGUCUGGACAACCCGGCCGUCAGCAGGCUGCGACUCACCUGGGAGGGUCUGCCUGGAAAGUUCCGGAAACAGUUCCAGCAGUUUGAGAGCGUCGCAGACCCGUCCAGGAACCAUAAGUCCUACAGAGACCUGAUCACCAGCCUCAGACCUCCACUGAUCCCCUUCACUCCUCUGCUGCUCAAAGAUCUGACCUUUCUUCACGAGAGUUGUAAAACGUUUCACGGGGAACUCGUGAACUUUGAGAAGAUGCAUAAAGUCGCUGAGAUGGUGAGAACCAUCAGACGGUACAGGAGCACACAGCUAGCCAUGGAUACGGAGACGUCCCCCUCUCACCUGCAGACGAAGGCGUACGUGCGUCAGCUUCAGGUCAUCGACAACCAGAACCUGCUGUUCGACAUGUCCUGCAAGCUGGAGCCCAGAGACACGUAGAGGAGGAAGAGGAGGAGGAGAAGGAGGAUGAAGAAGAGGAGGAGGAAGAAGAAGAGAGGCCAGGAGAGCAGAGAUUGGCUUGUGGGAAAUCUUUUCACCUGUUUGAGACGACCUGUCGAAGGCUGAAUUUUGUCACGUCGAAUAUCAAAUCUAUCAGACACAUCAAGGACACUGGAAAAACCAAACAUCGAACAGACCGAACGCAUCAAGCACAUCAGACAAACCCAACACAUCCAACAUCGAGCACAUCCGGCGGACGUCUCCAUCAGCUCCUCAGAGCUGGAUCUGUCAGCAGCCCGACGCCGUCUGAUCUGAGGCCGAUAACCCGUUUACGACUUUUUCACUUAGAGGAAACGUGGGAAUGAAUGAGGACGGACGCUGGAUUCUGACGGGUGUCAAAUGACACAGCUGUAAAUAUUAACUCGAGGACGAAUUCGCAGAGAGUCGCAGAGCACGACGGAGCUUCAUCUCUGGAGCAAGCUUUUCUAUUUUUCCAUCACAGUAAAAACCAGUUUUAAAGGACACGUUGCGAUGGACCGGUCCGCACCGACUGUGGGUGAUGGUGCGUUCGAGGGCGAGUGGAUGAGUGUAGAUGCUGGUUUUCUACCAAACGACGCUUCAGUGUUCUCGUCGAACAUUAAACUUCGCAUAAGUAUUUCACGAUCUAAUAGACUUUUUGCACGUUGCUCGCUCUAAAGGACCCGGCUGCCGUUCUUCGUCAGUCCCAUAGAUAUGGCUCUAUCAGACACACUCCCCCCUUCUGGACCCAGAAGGCCUUUAUCAGUCCCAGGCCCUCUUUGGUUAGCUGCACAGCUAAAGUAUUUGUGACUGGUUACCAUGGUGACAGUAAUAAACACCAGGUCAGUCACUAUUUUGUUAGUUUUAGGACGAUACAGUACUUUUAUUUCUAACAAAAACAUAAUCACAACAUGUUGGAUCUCUGUGCAACUUUAAAAAAAAAUGUUUACAAUUUGGUCUCGACUCUCCUGGGUGAAAAUUCUGCCCCCCCCUGACACAGACUCUCUCCUCCUCCAGACUUCCUCUCUUGCUUCCCUACAUUGCUGCUGUGUUCAUUCCCACCACCACUAGAGGGAGACAUCCGCUCUGCAGUCGGAGGAGGGGGUCUGUGUUUCCUCAUAUCGAUGGGACUGAUAUCGACACGCGGAUCGUCACUCGGCGGCGGGCCUUUAGGAAAAGCGGCAAAAAAAAAAAAAAAAAAAAAAAAA